AUGGCCCAGCCUGAUUGGAACCUUAUCAACUCACUUAUCCCCUUCGACCGACUCGUAGCAAAUUUCCGUCGGAUUCAACGACAGCACACUGCUUCUAUUUCUGUGGUCAGCACAACAGGCCGAUCCGCUUAUGUUGCUGCUGUAUCAACCGGCUGCCAGAACUCAAAAAAGAGGGGGGCGGGUAUGCUCAACGAGGUAGCUUACGUUGGCAUCUCUGAAGAGGGACAUCGAGAGAGCUUACUUAAUGUGCUGGCGGGACAAUAUAGCUCCAACGCAUUUCUCAAAGAGGGUUUAAAGAAACUCGGAAUAACCAUCACGCGCUGA